CGUCUCAAUGGGAGGAGCUCUUCCAUCUUCUAUUGAAGCGGUUCCUCCAUGUAAUCCAAAGUCCGGAGCUUCGGUCUUCAUCUCUCCAGCUGCAGUUCUCUAGUCCUCCUGGAGAACAGUUCGCUUCAAUGUCCGGGUUUCAGGAUCUUAAAGAUUUCUUCAGCCGGCGGCUGCUCGCUGCGGUUAUCAAAGACAUUAGAGGACAAACCACAACAUCUUUAUAUGAAGAGGAGCUUCAGCGGCAGAGAGAGCUGCUGAAAGUGAUUGUAACACCUGAAAUCAAGCUGCAGAGAGCAGGGCUUCCUGCAGACUUCCAGCAGCUAUCAGGGAUUAAAGAAGAGCCUCCUGAGCAGCAGGAGUGGAGCCCCCAUCUGGACCAGGAGGACACUAAGCCCCCGCACAUCAAAGAGGAACCGGAGGAACUCUGGAGCAGUCAGGAGGGAGAGCAGCUUCAAGGACUGGAGGAGGAGGAUGAUACCAAAAAGUUUCCAUUCACUGCUGUCUGUGUGAAGAGUGAAGUUAAAGAAGAGGAACCUCAGUCCUCACAGCUUCAUCUAGAACAGACUAAAAUGGUGGAAACAGAAGAAGAAGAAGAAGAAGGCUGUGGAGGAUCAGAACAAGCCAUGAACUUGGAUCCAGAGAGUGAUUCACAACCAGAGAUUGAGACUGAGGACUCCUCUGAACCUGAGACUGAAGACAGUGAUGACUGGAGCGAGACCAGAGAGGAUCAGUCAGGAUUAAACUCUGUGGCUGAGAAUAAAUCUCAUGUCUGCUCUCAGUGUGGCAAAGCUUUCAAACAGAAAUACCUUUUGACCAGACACAUGAUAAUUCACAGGGAAGAGAAACCCUUCAUCUGCCCCAGUUGUGGUAAAACAUUCAAAAAGAAAGGGAACCUGAGCCAGCACAUGGUAACACACACUGGAGAGAAACCCUACACCUGCACUGAAUGUGGUGUUAGAUUUAACAGUAAUGGUCAUCUGACCAGACACAUGAUCAUUCAUACCAGAGAGAAACCAUUCAGCUGCUCUGAGUGUGGGAAAAGUUUUAAGCAUAAAGAAUGUAUGACCCGACAUAUGAUCAUUCAUCAAGUAGAGAAACCCUUCAGCUGCUCUGAGUGUGGGAAAAGAUUUAACCAUCAACACGGCGUGACCCAACACAUGACGAUUCACACGGGAGAGAAAGCUUUAGACUGCUCUGAAUGUGGGAAACACUUUACUCAGAAGUCCAGUCUGACCAGACACAUGAGAAUUCACACCAGAGAGAAACCCUUCAGCUGCUCCCAGUGUGGGAAAAGAUUCGGCCGAAAGUUUUGUCUGACGACUCACAUGGCCCUGCAUAAAAAACAGAAGCCUCCAGCUGCCCAGAAUGUGGUGAAAGGUUCAAUCAUGAGUCUGGUCUGACCGCCCACAUGGAAUAUCACAGAGGAGAGAAACUCUUCAGCUGCUCUAAAGGCUGAUUUAUACUUCUGCGUCUCUCCUACACAGCAGGGGCUGACGUGGACAUGAGCACCACAUACUUGUACGUCGAUGUGUCCGUGUCUCUGGGCAGUUCUCUGUCAAAACACUUGAGGGCAGGAGCUGAUGAAGAGGACUGUGGAGGACCUGGACAAAUCAGCUGCUCCGACCGAGAGAGUCCUUUACGACCAGAGACUGAGGUCAAGACUGGAGACUCUUCUGGACCUGAGACUGAAGACAGCGAUGAUGAGACAAGAUGCAAUAAUACCACAACAGAGACCAUGAACACUCAGACUACAUUACAUUGAGUUACACAAACAUUAAGUGGUCCAAUAUUCUGUAUGAUCACCUGUGUUGAUUUUGUCCACUAUUUUAGUUUGAAUCCAUAAAGGACAAUUAAAUGAGUUUCAGACACCU